AUGCCGAUUUCGUACCUCUCUAGUGUUGAUCGAGCGUACAAACGCUACGCUUGUGAGGAAUACGAUAAUAUUGCUUAUUUACAUCAUCCCAGUGGAGUCUGCGUAGUGGUUCUGCGGCAAGAGCUAAACAGUGAAGUCACAGAAGUAGAUUUUGCGAACACUAAAAAAUCAGGAUUAUCGCGAGCGGACCAUGUAGUCGUUGGAAAAGGAAAAAAAGGAGGCCUACAUCUGCAGAAAAAUACGAGAUUAUGCACGAUACGAUGCGAAAAUGGAAAGGAAAUCAUCGUAAGAGCUGGUGUUCGAGGUGUUUUAGCUGAAGUGAACGAUCGUUUACUUUCAAAUCCUGAUCUUGUGAGGACUGCACCAGAAAAUCAGGGUUACAUUGCGGUUGUUACAUUUGGAGCCGGUAAAAGGAAACCGGAAGAGUUUAUAACUGAACUUCCACCGAAACGUGUCUACCUUAAGGAGUAUGAAACUGAAAAUAAGAACUAA